AUGGCGGGAAAGAAAGGCGAGAACACCAAAAAGGCUGCGGGCAUGGCUCGUAAAGCCGAGGUCGCGGCUCAGAAACAAGCCGUGGCAGAUGCCAAAAAGGCAGGGGACGAGGACCGGAAGUGGCAACAGGGCGCAAAGUCGAACUCGAAGAAGGAACAGGAAGAAUCUAAGCGAGCAGACGCCGCUCGCAAGAAAGCGGAGCGCGACGCGCUUCUCGCAGGGGAAGAAGCCGCCCAGCCAUCCAAGCCCAAGGGCGCCGGCGCCAAAACCGCCGCAAAGAAGACUCGCGGCACCUUGGAUCUUUCGCACCUGGACGCGGCUCUGGGCGUGUCCACCUCGGGAUCCAAAAAGGCCAGCGCCAUCAGCGCUUCGGGCAUCGACAACGCUCUCGACGCAUUGACGUUGACGUCGAAUGCCGACUCUACCAAAGUGGACAGGCAUCCGGAGCGCAGAUUCAAGGCUGCGUAUGCGGCGUUUGAAGCGAGGCGGUUGCCGGAGAUUGAACAGGAACAACCGGGGUUGAGAAGGCAGCAGAGGAUUGAAAUCGUCAGAAAGGAGUUUGAGAAGAGUGAAGAGAACCCUUUCAAUAAAGCCAAUGUCGCUUUUGAUGCGAGUAGAGAGGAAGUGGCGCGAGUUAAAGCAUCCGAGAGAGCGAAGAUUGAGACUCGGUUAUCAGAAAGAUGA